ACCCGGACUAAGACUUGCUGGGGCUGGUUCGGAAGGGACGCUGCGGUACUAAAAUCGAUGAUGCUCUGUUCGUGGUGCUGAAAUAUCUUUCCCUCUUUCUCUCCUCCUGUCCCACCCUCUCUCUCUCUCUCUCUCUCUCUCUCUCUCUCUCUCUCUCUCUCUCUCUCUCCCUUUCUCUCUUCUCCUCUCUCUCUUCCCCACACCUUCACGCUCACAAAAUCUUCUGUCAUGGCGUCUUCCAACAAUGUUACCCCCACCAACUGUAGCUGGUGGCCCAUAUCAGCCAUGGAUGAAGAUGGAAAAAUCGCGGAUGACGAGGAGAUCCAAGAACACAGCACGGACUCCAAGCCGUUCUCGAAAGACAGGCUAGUGUUGUACCACUGGACGCAGUCAUUCAGCUCUCAGAAGGUGCGGUUGGUUAUUAACGAGAAGGGCCUGCUGUGUGAGGAGAGAGACGUUAGCCUGCCAAUGACAGAGCACAAGGAGCCCUGGUUCAUGAGGCUGAACUUGGGCGAGGAGGUUCCUGUCCUCAUCCACGGAGACACCAUUGUCAGCGACUACAACCAGAUCAUCGAGUACCUGGAGACAAACUUUGUGGGAGAGACGGUGGCUCCUCUGGUCCCGGAGGCUGGGACUCCUCUCCACGCUCGGGUGCAGCAGUACCGGGAGCUUCUGGAUGGGCUGCCCAUGGACGCCUACACCCACGGCUGCAUCCUGCACCCCGAGCUCACCGCCGACUCCAUGAUCCCAAAGUACGCCACCGCAGAGAUACGCAGACACCUGGCUAAUGCAGCCUCAGAGCUAAUGAAACUGGACCAUGAGGAGCCUCAGCUCACGGAACCAUAUCUCUCCAAACAGAAGAAACUCAUGGCCAAGAUCCUGGACCAUGACAACGUGAACUACUUGAAGAAAAUCCUGGGGGAGCUCUCGAUGGUCCUGGACCAGGUGGAGGCCGAACUGGAGAAACGGAAGCUGGAAUAUCAAGGUCAGAAGUGUGAGCUGUGGCUCUGCGGCCCCGAUUUCACCUUAGCCGACGUCUGCCUAGGAGCCACGCUGCAUCGGCUCAAAUUCCUGGGACUGUCCAAGAAAUUCUGGGAGGACGGGAACCGGCCCAACCUGUGCUCCUUUUUUGAACGCGCUCAGAAGCGAUACGCCUUCCGCAAAGUCCUGGGGGACAUCCACACCACACUGCUGUCAGCUGUCCUGCCCAACGCCUUCCGCAUGGUGAAGAAAAAGCCCCCCUCUUUCUUCGGGGCUUCCUUCCUCAUGGGGUCUCUGGGUGGGAUGGGGUACUUCGCCUACUGGUAUUUAAAAAAGAAAUACAUGUAG